GCAGCAGCGACAUGGGCCGCAAGCUGGAUCUCUCCAAGCUCACGGACGACGAGGCCAAGCAUGUCUGGGAAGUCGUGCAGCGGGACUUUGAUCUGCGGAAGAAGGAGGAGGAGCGGCUGGAGGAUCUCAAGUGCAAGAUUGACAAGGAGAGCAGCAAGAGGGAGUUCCUGACGCGUCAGUCCCACCUGAACGAGACCCACUGUGUGCACUGCCUCCAGCCCUUCAAGUUCCUGCUCAACAGCAAGCGGCAGUGCCUGGACUGCCACUUCUACACGUGCAAGGGCUGCAGCCGCUACAACAAGAAGGAGCAGGGCUGGGUCUGCGAUCCCUGCCGCUUGUCCAGGAUUGUGAAGAUCGGGUCCCUCGAGUGGUACUACGAGCACGUGCGCUCGCGCUUCAAGCGGUUCGGGAGCGCCAAGGUGCUGCAGUCGCUGUGCGGCAGGCUGCAGCCAGGUCUUCAUGACAGAGUUUACAGCCUGCCAGACAUUAACAGUGAAUGCCAGCUGCCCACCAGUGGUGGGACAGGGGAUGACAGUGACAAUGAAGACGAUGUCCUACGCGGAGCUGAAGCAGAGGGCUACAGCACAGUGCGCAAGACCAAGCGCCUGCUGUCUGUUCAUCCCUUUGACUUUGAGCUGGACUCGGACUACUCUGCUCAGUCCCGGCGCCAGUCUGCACAGCUCUCUCCAGCAGCCAGCAGCCCGGAGGGCUUCCAGGCCUUCCCAGACUUCCCCGAUUCCGCUGAGGAUGCCUCCCAGAAGGAGACCGUGGCUGAGGAGGCAGAUCUGGCAACAGCCUUCCCCCCCGUCCUGCAGGAACAGGGACCAUGCACGAGCCCUCCCAAGCAGGAGUUCAGCACUGAGGUUCGGUUCACGGUCAACUCGCGGAGAAGGAGCCUGGAAAGGAAUGUGAAACCUGGCAGCCCCUGGAACGAGCAGCCUCGGUCCCCGUACUCCGCAGACAUGGACACCUCUGAUGAGGAUGCAAAGGGGCCCCAGAAGUUCACCAGCUACGCAUCCCAUUACGUGAAACGCAGGAACAGAGCCUCCUCCCAGGAAAAUGUCAGCCCCUCUGGAAAUCAGAUCCAUGAGCUCAACAAACGCAUGUCCGCAAUCGAACGCAUGCUGAACCGCUUGGAGGAAAAAAUCCUGGUGCGCUCCAAUGAGCCUCCAGCCCCAGAGUCACAGCUUGAUCCUGAUGCUGAGGAGGAGGAGUUGAAGAGGAAGCUGGAGGAGCUGGCCAGCAACAUCAGCGACAAAGGAAUCUCUUCGGAAGAAGAGGAGCACGAAGAAAAGAAGGGAGCGAAGAAACCAGAGAUGAGUUCCUCCAGUGAUGACGUGGCGAGCGAGGCCCACCAGAGAUCUUCAGCUCAGGCUUUGAGCGACAUCACGGCCAAAGUCCUGAGGGCCAUAAACGCCACGGAGAGAGCGGUCCAUGAGUCCGUGCACGGAGAGAGCCAGGGCAGUGGCACCUGCGCCCUCCCCGGCCUGAAAGACAGCAGAGAGGUGGCUGAAGCAUACCGUGACCUUGAAGCACAUGUGUACCUGACUGCUGGAAAGACAUACCGGCUGGAGAAGACCCUGGAGGAGCUUGAGGAAGGGGCUCAGCACGGCGGCACCACCGACUCGGAGCUGUCGGAGCUGGAGGACAGAGUGGCCUCGGCCGCCGCUCAAGUGCAGCAGGCAGAGAGCGAGGUAUCGGAUAUCGAAACCCGAAUUGCGGCCCUGACAGCCGCAGGGCUGACAGUGAAGUCGGUGGAGAAGGCGAGGAAGAAAUCCGGUGCACAGGACUUUCGCCUCCCAUCUCCUAGGCCUGCCAGCAGCAGCCCGGGGUUGCAGAGCGCCGAGUCACAGGAUGACAUUAAAGCGAUGUCGGGACCCCAGGUGUUCAGGAGGAAGUUCAACAGCAAUCUUGAAUUCGCAGGCAGCGACGACUACUUUGACCGCAACUCCCUGUACCGCGGCUCUCUGACGCAGAGAAACCCCAACGGCAAGAACAGGAGGGUGGAGCGCCUCUUCGCGAAGCCGGUGAUGACCCACCUGCCCUGAGGACAGGAGGCCCCUUCUGCCCGUGGAUUUCACCGACGAGCCACGACCUCGGCACCAAGCAUCGCCUGCUUUCCCCUCGCCGCUUGCCCUUCCUUCUCCU